AUGAGUGAACUUGAAGCCACAAUUAGGCAAGCCAAAGAAGCCCUGGCUGAAAAUAAUGCCAAAAAGGCGCUCAAAAUAUUGAAGCCGUUCAAAAGUUCACUGAAAAAAGAAAACGCAAACAAUGUAAUACUGAAUGAAGUGUUUGCCGAUGCAUACCUGGAUAAUGGACAGGUAGAGAAAGCCUACCCAAUUUUAGCGCGUGCUUGCGAAUUAGAUCCUGAGGGACAAGUUGGCGGACCGGACAAAUUUUUUACCAUGGGUCAAAUCAUGGGUGGACAGGAUGGUGUAUCGAUAAUAACUCGCGGAAUAAUGAACAUCUCUAAUACUGGAGGUGAAAUGUUAACCAACGUUCAGGUUGAAAAGAUUGUAGGUGGACUGCUUUCUGUGAUUGAAAUUUGGAUGACGGAUUUAUGUAUGGAGCCAAAUGCAGAAGAGCAGUGUGAGGAGUUAAUACAAAAGGCGAUGGAACUCACAGAGGGAAAAUCUCCUGAAACAUGGUCUACCCUGGGUUCUAUCAAAAUCUCGCAACAAAAAUUUGGAGAAGCUUAUGAAGCAUUCUCACAAGCCUGGAAUUUCUUUGAGUUGAAAAAACAAGAAAUUGGUAGCGGUAUAAAUGAAAAUGGUGACACAACUCAGAAAGCUGGUUUACAGUCAGAGUAUGUAGAUCUUUUACAACCUCUUUUAUCUUUAACAAAGAUGUGCCUCGAAGUGGGAGCUUACGAAGUCGCAUUGAAAGUUAUUGCCGCAGUAAGAGAUAUAGAUGAGGAUAACAUAGAGGGUUAUUAUCUAGAGGGUUUUACUUAUUAUUUAAUGAGUAAAUUAGAAAUUUUCAAGUUGAACAAUCCCGAAGUAAGCCUGCGUCCGGAAAAUAUAUACGAGUUUAACCAACUCAUUCAAGAAGUUCCUUUGGAUUUAUCCCACGAACCAAUCUCCCAGUUAAUCUAUGACUCAAGAUUAGCGCUAAGUUUUGCAUUGCAAGCAGGUGUCAAUGCUGACAGCAAAGAUGAAAUUGUGCAAGAAUUAUUGGGCGGUGCUAAUGCUUUACUCCAAGAAAUUGGUGGUCCUCUAGAUCCAAGUGAGUUAACACAAAUCAAGAAGGGUGAUUUAGUGAAUGAGAAUGAAGACUUGGAAGAGUUGGACAUAGAGGAAGAAUAUUCUGACUAA